AAUUCGAUCGCCAUGAAGACGAGAUAAAUGACAGGCUAAACCCUGACCCUAAACCAACUCAAACAAAAAGCACCCCACCCCAACCUCAAUUCACGACAGUGGAGAGUAAAUAUGCCGAUGAAGCGUGCGGCGUCUUUUCUUCUCUUUGCGCUCUAAAACGAGAACCAGAGUGUUUAUCCGAUGACAAAAUUAAUUCUUGCAGUAAUAGCCUUGGACAUAAUCAAUUGGAG